GGCAUGGUCCCAGACACAAACAUCAGAGACCACCAGACCAUCACCAUCACCACAGAGGCAAGAGAGAGGAGAGAGCUGCCUGAACCGUCACAGAUUACCUUGGCUAGCAACUACAGACAGACAGAUAGUCCAGAGAGAAGAACACCGAACACAGAGAUACCAAGACAGACAGAGAGAGGAGUCUGAGAAACUAACGGAGGUGAUAAAUCCGAGAUAAGGACAGAACUUCACCCACACAGAACCGUGAUAAUGCAGGUGUGUACCGUUAUUGAGAAGCGUGCUGGGGCCGUGGUGGGGGCUGAGCUGGCCUGCAGCGUACGGGAGGAGAACCAGGCUCAGAGGGAGAGCUACAAAGCUGACUGGAACAGUGUUAACAUGAAGACCCGGGCCAUGGACAGGCAGACAAUGAACAUGAACGAUGACUCUCGUCGGGAGACCUACACUCGUCAGUGGGAGGCUCGCUCUCUGGCCCAGGCCUGUCCCUCUGGGGUGUACAGAGUGGGCACCGUGGAGAGGGGUGUGAGGGAGCACCAGCUCCUGCCCAAGAGGAACACCCUGCCCCUGCCCAUCUUCACCCCUGCACAGCUGGGCAUCCGGCUGGGUCGCGGAGCACCACACACCCAGGAGGACCUCCAUCCCUUCCCCAUCCCCGACGGUGUCUGCCCUGGCAAGAGGGCCGUGGUCGAGAUCACACAGGACCUGCCCCCCGCCAAGCCACUCAGGAUGGAGUUCGCCAAGGCGCCCAAAGCACUGGGCCGCUCCGUGUCACAGGAGGUCCAGAGAGGGUGAAGGAAGAGGAGAGGAAGAGGAAGAAUGGAUGUUAGGGAGAAAGGUUCCUUGUGGGGCUCAGCCCAUCAGAUAACAGCAUGGAGGGAUGUAUAUAGAUUUAUUCCUAGUGACAUUUAUUCCAUCCCUAUUCCCUAGUAGAGCCGCCACACAGUGCAUACCUUUCCUGUUUCAUUACUGUAGGUAUUGCAUGUCCAAUGUCGUACUGUUUGUUAUACAAGGUAUUAUUCGCUUAGAGAUCUGAUGGCCAAUCUUUUGGUUGACAGAAAGGCAGACAAAUGCUGGUCCUUCUGUAGCUCAGUUGGUAGAGCAUGGCGCUUGUAACGCCAGGGUAGUGGGUUCGAUCCCCGGGACCACCCAUACGUAGAAUGUAUGCACACAUGACUGUAAGUCGCUUUGGAUAAAAGCGUCUGCUAAAUGGCAUAUAUUAUUAUAUUAUAUUAUGCUCUGUUCUUUCAGCUGUGUCAUCAACUAAUCUCCCUGCUGACUGGAAAAGACCAGACUGUCCUUGUCACGUCUACACACUGAAUGAUCUGCCCCUCUGCCCCCCUGCCUGGCUAAAGCCAGCUGUGGAUAAGCCACACAGCAUUGUAUGGCAUUCUGACCGCAUUGUGUGCAGUGGUACAUUCUACCCCACUUGUCAUGUUAUGGCAAUGACACCUCACAGUAUUGAGACAGCAGGACGUUUUAUAUGCUCAACCAAAGUGUGUAUGAGGAUGUAUUUAUUGCUGCGUUCAUGUGGAAUGACCACGCACAGAUGAGGGAGGUGAAGGAAGGGAAAUAUGAAGAUAUCAAAGACGCUUCAAAAGGGACAGAGUGGGAGAGAGCAGAAAAUAAUUGGAACUGUAGAGAGGAAAUUAAGAAGAAAGUGGGCAGGGGAGGGAGGGGUGGGCUCAACAUACCUUGGCAUCCAUCCCUCUUCUUUUGUAAGAAUGGAGAGCUGGUGAGCCUCCAGACCUUCAGAAGUCCUUGACACACUAAUCCUGGGUGAGAGGACAGAACGGUACAACACGAUCCCACACUGGGAAACCAGACAAAGGAGCCCCCCGGGCACAGACGUCGAUUCAACAUCUAUUCCACGUCGGUUCAAUGUCAUUUCAUUGAAAUGACGUGGAAACAACGUUGAUUCAACCAGUGUGUGACCAGUGGGAGGUGUGUGUGAGCUGACAAUUCAUGACUCAAGUCAUUGAUAUAGACUGACUACCUGUAUGAUCAAGACUUAUUGUCUAUAUUUUAACAAAGUGUAAUUUGACCGUGUAUGAGCUGAUCGGCCCACCUAGCUGUGUGUUAAUGUUGACAUCUGAUGUAUCUGGUAGAGUUAGUGAACAGAUGUGUCUCUACUGUUGUUGAGGAAAGUGGGGUAAGUUGAGCCAUUUCUUACAUUCAGCAUCACUCUGUCAAGGGAAAUAUAGGAUUCUUUCUAACAAAGAUAUCUACAUGUAUUUCAGGAUGUUGUGUAUCCCUGGAAAUAAACAGAAUUAAUGUAAACAUUAUAGUUUUGAAAGCAUAGUUUGUCUCUUGGCACAACUUAGUUGAGCUGGGGGCCGGGUAAGUUAAGUUAAGCCGUCUACAAAUUUCUGUACUGAAUGAAAUAUUACCACUAUCUGUUUCCCAAAUACAAUUCAACACCAUCACAAUCACUUUUUUGUCUUGUAAUAAUUUUAAGCAUCUUUUAACACUUGCAAUUGGCUCAAUUUACCCCAUUGGCCAUUGGCUCAACUUAACCCAAGGCAAACAUUUUGACAAUAUCAGCCCACACAGUUACAAGGAUGCACUUUCAUGCUAGGUUUAGGACCUCAUGUUGAAGCUUAUACAGACCCCACAUUAUGUAUAGAACAAUCUUUCAUAGACUCCAUGAAAUGAUGACCUCUUCCUAAAUAUUUAGUCAAAUGAUUAAUUUUGUGUAUGGUUUCCAAGAAACAGCUAACCCCUUUGGCUCAACUUAUCCCCCUCUCCACCACUAUCUGUUUUCAUGUGUUGUGUUAAAAAUGUUUUUAGAAUUAUUUUUGUAUAAUAAAAUCUGAAGUGCUUUUCACUUUU